AUGAGUACAGCAGUAGAGUAUGAGUGUGUAACAGUAGAGUAUGAGUGUGUAACAGUAGAGUAUGAGUCUGUAACAGUAGAGUAUGAGUGUGUAACAGUAGAGUAUGAGUGUAACAGUAGAAGUAUGAGUACAACAGUAGAGUAUGAGUGUGUAACAGUAGAGUAUGAGUGUGCAACAGUAAAGUAUGAGUGUGCAACAGUAGAGUAUGAGUACAGCAGUAGAGUGAGGCUGGACUGUGAUGAUUUCGAGACUGGCGAGAGAGGAUCACCUGGACCCGGGAAAGACUCCCUCAACAUCCUCAAGAUGCACCACUGUUUCUUCUGCCCUUACACAACACCCUCAAAAUCUAGCCUCACUAAUCACAUUCGAACACAUACUGGUGAAAAACCAUUCAGUUGUUCUUAUUGCCCAUUAUCUUUCACCCAGAAAGGAAGUUUACAAAUUCACAUUCGCACUCAUACAGGAGAAAAACCUUUUGCUUGCCCAUACUGCACUUAUAGUGCUACUACAAAAGAUAAUCUUAAGACCCAUAUUCGAAUUCAUAUUGGUGAAAAACCUUUUGCCUGUGCCCACUGCAAAUAUCGCUCCACACAGAGAGGUGCUUUGAAACAUCAUAUGUUACAGCAUCAUUUUUAA